UAUUCCCAUUUAUGGACUGCGGUCACAUUGGCUAAAAAAAAUAAAAACAUAGCGGACGGUAAAUCGGCGAAAUUGUUAAUUAAACCUUAAUCGGAGGAUGGGCGACCAACAACAGCUAAUCCUGGCCACCGGGGGGUACGACCACACAAUAAAGGUGUGGCAGGCACACACGGGAAAUUGUAUAAAGACAAUGCGAUUCGUAGAAACUUCGCAAGUCAAUGCCCUGGACAGGACGCCGGACAAGACGCGUCUGGCAGCUUGUGGUUACCAGUGCAUCCGACUGUAUGACCUGGAGUCCAACUGCACCGCACCGGUGAUCAAUUUCGACGGUGUGCAGAAGAAUGUGACACGCCUGGGCUUUCAGGAAGAUGGCAACUGGAUGUUCACCGCCGGGGAGGAUCACCAUGUGCGAAUCUGGGACAUGAUCUCCGCUCCACCACACUGUUCGAGGGUUUUCGACUGCGAGGCUCCUGUAAAUGCGGCCUGUUUGCAUCCUAACCAGGUAGAGAUCGCCAUGGGCUCACAAAAUGGCAGCGUUUUUCUAUGGGACGUUAAGUCUGAGCGACACGAAAGGAUUGUUCCCGAGGUGGAUGCAUCUAUUCAGGACGUGGCCAUUUCACCAGAUGGGAGAUAUUUGGCGGCUGCCAAUAACAGAGGCAAGUGCUAUAUCUGGUCGCUGACCAGUCAGGACCAAAAGAUGAGUACAUUGAGGCCAAUCAAGAAGUUCAAGGCGCACUCUCGGUACAUCCUGCGCUGCAAAUUCAGUCCAGACUCCAGGCUCCUUCUCACGACUUCAGGUGACGGAACGGUGCGCAUUUGGAACACGGAUGAUUUCACCAAAUGGCUAGAACUGGGUAUCGAAAACUAUUGGGUAUGGGAUGCCGCCUUUAGUGCCGAUUCCAAGUGGCUCUUUACCGCCUCCUCUGACGGUAUUGCUCGGCUGUGGAAGCUGCAGACUAAGAGUCCCUUCAGGGAUUAUACCGGUCACACCAAGGCCAUCACUGCCCUUUCCUUCAAGGAUGAAAUCUUGGGCCCAUAGUAAUACCUAGUCGCUAGAAUUUAGCCAAUUUGUAAGCUUUGUGACCAUUGUGUCACUAUCGAUAGUUCUUCUGAUUUGAUUUCCUUCUCGAUUUGAAGGUGUUUUUUCAAGGGCAGCAAAAACUAUUGAAGAUUUACCAUAAGUCCUUUUUAUACUGAACUUAAAUCAAUAUACUACUGUAUAUUAAUUGGACAACUAAAUUCGCACUAAUUUAAUGUAAAUUUUAAGCGGGAAUAAUGAAAACAGUGUCUACAAAAUGAAUUGCAUUUAUAUGAUAAAAAGGCUAGCUUUCUGCUUUAAUGUUCAUUAAGCUUCUGGAGUUUUAACCUCCAUUCAGUUGCAGCUGAGCUCUAGAAGUUUUGAUAGUACUUUGAUUACAUUACUAAAAUUAAUUUAUUGAGAGAGGUCAGAUAUGCUAAAUAUAUUACUUUUAUUCAAACAGUCUUAAAAUUUCAAAUUUGCUAUACUGUUAAAACAAAAACUGCCAGAAAUGCUGAUAAAAUGGUUCAAUAACUUUCCAUAAUCGAAUUUAAGGUAUAAAUUUGUUUCCACGAAAGUCGAAAAGUGGGUCAAGUACACAGAAUCAUAAAUGGAGAUAUUUUAAGCAGACAAAUCCUAAGGAACAUAUUACAGAAAGGUGCUGGCAAAUCAAGAGGAUGCAGUUAAAUGUAGGAAUAGUAGCGAUGACUGCAUAUAGGCAACACACAAACCAGAACUGAAGCAGCAUCAUCAACAAGAAGCCCCACAAUUUAAUAGAGAAAUUAGAAUACCUCUGAAAAUGAGCGCUUGGAUUUUGUAGCGACUUUUUCGUAAUUUAUAAACUUUUGAUACAUCAUUAUAUUACGACUAAACGUGUGUAUGCAAAAUGCAAUUUGAAUAAAAUCUUACUGGCAUAAAUAUACAUA